AUGCCCAAGGACGGUGAUAAUGUCCCGGUCCGAGCCGAACCAAGCUCUUUAGACCUUUUGAACACAGUGUCAGUGAAAGUUCCAGCUUUUUGGCCAGAUUCCGCGGAAGCCUGGUUUGUUCAAGUGGAAGCCCAGUUCGCGCUCAAGGGAGUAACCACCAGCCUCACGAAGUUUUAUUAUUGCGUCUCGUCCUUCAAUCAAGAGACCGCCAACCAAGUUUUGGAUCUGAUAAAGUCUCCGCCGUCCUCUGAACCUUACGAAGCCUUGAAGAAACGGCUGUUGAGACUCUUUGCCCUGGAUGAUUUUCAACGUUAUGAAGCAAUCUCUAGCUUACCACUGUCUGGAGACAUGAAGCCCUCCAAGCUGAUGUCAAGUAUGUUAGCCCUGUUANUAAACUACAAUUCUGACACUUUCUAUCUGUAA